AUGGAAAAAAAACGAAGAAAAAUAAAAACAACAAACAAGAAAAAAAAAUUUCGUGAUUUAGGUAAUCUCUUUACACCAGAUCAAGUCUACAAUAAUUAUUUACCUGUCAUCAUCAUGGGACCUUCACCAUUACAAAUCAAAGUCAAUGCUUUGAAAAGAUUAAUCAAAGAAGAAAAGUUGUGUAAACAAGAAGUUGCUGAACAAGAACAACAUGUUAAUCAGAUGAAGGCAAAUAAUGCUGACGAGUAUGAGUUGAAGAAACAAAUCCAAGUUUUAGAAGAAUCCCAGAGAAUGGUACCUGAAGUUACCAAAAAGAUAACUCAAUAUAGACAAGCUUUAAGAGAAUUUUUAGACUCUUAUAAAGGUGAUGAAGACGUUACUGAAGCUAAAGAAUUACUUUAA